AUGAGUGGAAGUAAAAGAUCUAUGGCUGUGUGCCCGAUUUGUAAUGUCAGAGUUCCAGCGGCGGGUCUACGUCAACACAAGGUAGAAUGCGAGAAUACAGCUGGUCCACUUAGAAUGAGGGCCAUUCUUCAGACACCUGUGCCCGGUCAGAGAAUUCCACGUGCUGCCGCUAUCGCUGCAAAUGAAGUCAUCGAAUCUGCAACGAACAAACGAAAUGGUGGAAAGAUUCGUCCAUCAGUCAAGCUAGUGGAAAUCAAAAAAGAAACACCAAAGAAGAUGAAUGCAAAAUCACCAGCAAAACCUGUUGCUAAAUCGCCAGCAAAAUCACCACCGAAACCAAUAGCGAAAUCAUCAGCAAAGUCAGCAGCGAAAUCACCACCACCAAAACCAAUAGCUAAAUCACCAGCAAAGUCAGCAGCGAAACAAGCAGCGAAACCAAAAGUUAAAGAAAUUAUCGAAGCGAAAGUAAAAGAAAAUCAAAAAGGAAAGAAAGGAAAAGCAGUAGCAACAAAACCACCACCAACAACAACAACAGCAACAAAAACAAAGACAUCAAAAGUAAAAGCAUCAAGAGCAAAUAUAGUUAUUGAAAAUAUAGAAUCAGAAUCGGAAAUGGAUGAAGAAUCAGAUAUUGAAGACAAAGUUGAAGAUGAUGAAGAGUUAGAAUCACAAUCAGAUUCAGAAUCAGAAGUAGGAUCAGAGAAAGAAACAGAAGAGGAGGAAGAAGAAGAAGAAGAAGAGGAAGAGGAAGAGGAAGUACAAGAAGAACAAGAACAAGAAGAAGAGGAAGAAGAAGAAGAAGAAUCAGAUGAUAGUGAAGUUGAAAGAGAGAAACAACUUAAAGCGAAAGAAGAACAAAAGAAAAAGUUACCACCAAAGAAAAGAUCAUCACCUUUAAAGAAAGAGUUGGCAGCAGCCUCAUCACCUUUGAAAUCAUCACCAUUGAAAUUAUCUCUAUCACCUCCAAAAUCACAUGAUGACAUUGAAAGCAAAUUGGAUAAUCAGGAUGAACAAGAAGAAGAAGAGGAAGAAAAAGAUGAAGAAGAGCAAAACAUUUUAAAUUCAUUAUUGAAAGAGAAAGUAGAGGAAGAAGUAGAAGCAGAAGAAGCAGAAGAAGUUGAAGAGGAUGAAGAUGAAGAAGUAGAAGUUAUUAGUUUGGAUUUAGGUUCAAAAUCGUCAAAUCAUAUGAAUCAUAAUGUUCAUCAUAAACAUCAUGACUAUGAUAAUGACAAUGACAAUAGCAAUGACAAUGACAAUGAUGGUAUGGUAAUCGAUAGUAAUAGUAGUCAAGAGGAAACGAAAGCAGAGGAUGUCAAUCAUGUAACUACUACUACAUCCACCAUAACAACCACAACAAUGAUAACAACAACUACAACAACAGCAAAGGUUGCAUCGUCAUCUGCUCAAUCCAAUACAAAUGAAUCGUCGAUAUCAAAUUCAUUGCUCUCACAAUCACCUCUAUCCACUUCAAAUUCAUCUUUGAUAACAAAGGAGUCGUCGGCAACUACAAAUGUUGUGGCGAGUGGUCGAUCCUCUGGUAAGAUGAUGUCGGGUGUCUUGAUGUCAAAGGAAUCGAGAUUAAAGAGAUUGUCAAGCGAUGGUCCAGCCGACAGCAAUGGAUCGUCAUCAUCGCCAAACAAACAAAAGAAGUUGAAACAGGCACCGAAACCAGUCGAUAUCAAAGCAGCGAAACCAUGGGACAAAGAAAAGGUGAAGCGUUGGAAGAUUCAAGAGGCACCGGUAUUCUAUCCGACUGCCGAAGAGUUUAGAUACCCGCUGGCCUACAUCGAGAAGAUCCGUCCGAUCGGCGAGAAGUAUGGAAUCUGUAAGAUCGUUCCACCCUACAAGGCAGAGUCUGUCAUGAAGGAGAUGGACCCAAAGAACUUCAAAUUCAAAACGAAAGUACAGAAUAUCCAUCAGUUGAAAACAAGAUGGUCAGGUCCGAGCGAAGUUUUUGUUGCACAGCUCUGUGGAUUCCUCGAGGAUCACGGUGAAACAAUGACCGCAUUCCCUCAGUACGAUGGUCGUGACCUAGAUUUGUAUCAGGUGUUUGUAGAGGUCAAUCGUCGUGGUGGACUGUGGGAGGUGACUCGUGGCAAUGGAUGGCAAGAGAUUCUCGUUGGUCUAAAGGUAUCGGACCAGUGUCCAAAACCAAUUCAAACACUCAAACGACUCUACAACAAAUAUCUCUAUGCCUACGAGCUUCACAAGAAGAAAGAAUAUCAAGAGAUGGUCAAUUCACAACCAAACAAAAAGUUUCCACCAAUGAUCGAUAUGUUUAUUUCUGAAUGUAUACAGUUUGGAGAACAAAUUGAAUUUGAUGAUGAUGAAGAACAAGAGGAUUUUGGAUUCUAUGAAGGUAAUAUUUAUAGUUUGGAAGAGUUUGAGCUGUUGUCGUCAAAGUUUGCAAAGCGAUGGUUCCCAAAUGAUAAUAACGAUCCCGAUUCAGUUGAGAGUGAAUUCUGGAGAAUCGUUGAGAAUGGUGAUGAGAAUGUUCAAGUACACUAUGGCAGUGAUUUGGAUGUGCGUACUCAUGGCAGUGGAUUUGAACGUGUGCUAAACUUUGAUGGCAAUGAAGAUACACCGAGCGACGAGCAUUGGAAUCUCAAUACUCUGCCAAAGAUGCAGCGAUCGGUAUUCUCUCAUCUCACUGAGCCCGUGAGUGGAGUGACCGAUCCGAUGAUGUACAUCGGCAUGUUGUUCUCAUCGUUCUGCUGGCACAACGAAGACAACUAUCUCUACUCGAUCAACUACCUACACACUGGAACCUACAAGACGUGGUACGGUGUAUCGGGAGAGCAAGCCGAGCUCUUUGAGAAGGUGAUGCGCGAUUCCCUUCCACAGCUCUUUGAAAAGACACCGAAUCUCCUCUAUUUACUCAUCACCAUGAUGUCGCCAAUUGCGCUUUCCGAUGCUGGUGUGCCAGUUUGUCGUACUCUCCAAGGUCCAGGCGAGUUUGUUAUUACAUUCCCACAGGCUUAUCACGCAGGAUUCAGUCAUGGAUUCACAGUUGCCGAAGCUAUCAACAAGUCACUCAAAGAGAUUGAAGCGGCAAUCGAUAUCGUCAAAAAGAAACUCGCAGAGGACAAAGCACAUCAUCCAGCCACUCGAUCGACCAACGUCAACAACAAAAACACUGGUACCAUCAGCACUGUAUAUAAAUUCCCAACACCUUCAUCCAACAAAACGUCACCAACACCAUCAUUUUCACUGAUAUUCUCAAAGAGCCAAAAAACACCGACAAAGAAAACACCAAGCUCACCUAUAAAUUCCAAUCCGAAAUCACCAACCUCAUCAAAAAAUAGUCCAAUUAAAACAUAA